GCUUUGCAUUGUUUUUGUUUCUUCGAGAGUUCAUUUUCGUGAUUUUGUGAUCAAUUUCUGUGAGUUUUUGCAUUGAAAUUGUGUAGAAAAUAUUGAUAAUAUGGCAAUAGGUGUGAAGAAUCUGGAGAAUAGCAGUUAUAUUUUUGAGAAGCAGAGAUUAGAGAGUUUCAAAAAUUGGCCAUUCAAGAAAAAUACAUCAUGCAAUUCAGAAAAGAUGGCAGAGGCAGGAUUUUACUGCAUUGGAGGUGAUGAGGCGGCUUGUUUUGUUUGUGGAAAAGAACUCGAUGGAUGGGAAGAGGAGGAUAAUCCGUGGGUGGAACAUAAAAAGCAUGCACCUCAGUGCCAAUUCGUAAAGAUUAAUAAGAAGGAAGAUAAUUUAACGGUAAAAGAAUUUCAUCUCAUUGUCGAGACAUUCCUGAAGAAUCAGCAGGAGAAAAUUCACAAGGACAAGAUGAUGCAGUUUCAUCGUGUUACAGAUACAAUUCGUGAGAAUAUUGAGAAAAAUUUCCACCCUUCAACAGCUCUAUAAGAGAAUAUACCAUUUUUUCCAAUUUUAUAUUCGUUCUAUCUCACAUUUGCAUAUUAAAUGAGAAAGGGGAUACCCUAUUGGGAAUAUUAA